ACCUUUAAAAAGGACCAGUGUGUGUGAAGCACUCAUGAAGCUGCAACAUUUCUGCCAUUGUAGUUUGGGUUCAUUUCUUUAGAGACACAAUGGCUUCUGGGUUUGGUCUGCGGGUGCUUUUGGUCUCUAUGUUAGCUGUUGGGCAGCAUGCUAACGCGCUCAGCUACAGGAGUGGGGGCUCCAAAACUGUCACGCCAUACUAUGAACAGGCUGAGAGUUUCCCAAGAAGCUACAAACUUCAUGACCCCUCUGCACCACAAGAAAGUCAUCUGAGCAGUGAUGGACAAAGUUACACUGACAGUGGAUCAUCUGGGAACAGGAAGCCUGCUGCUGCACCUUAUAGUGGUUCAUAUGGCCGUGGAGUAGAUGGAUACAGUCCAGAGGGAAGUGUUUCUACUUACAAGCCUCCUCCAAUAAUACGAAAAAACCUACAGCAGCCAACACAACAUGUUCUGCAGACCAAAGACAACAUGUGGGAUAUUGCUUUGCCACAAAGUAAGAAUGUUGUUGAGACGGCUGUCGCUUCAAGUCAAGGAAUUGAGAUAUAUUUGGGUAGCCAACCUGAGGCAGGUAGUGCAAACAGCUACCCUUCCCGGCCCCAGCAGCCGGGCUACCAGUCCAAGCCCCAGCAGCCGGGCUACCAGUCCAAGCCCCAGCAGCCGGGCUACCAGUCCAAGCCCCAGCAGCCGGGCUACCAGUCCAGGCCCCAGUCCAAGCCCCAGCAGCUGGGCUACCAGUCCAAGCCCCAGCAGCCGGGCUACCAGUCCAAGCCCCAGCAGCCGGGCUACCAGUCCAGGCCCCAGUCCAAGCCCCAGCAGCCGGGUUACCAGUCCAGACCCCAGUCCAAGCCCCAGCAGCCGGGCUACCAGUCCAGGCCCCAGUCCAAGCCCCAGCAGCCGGGCUACCAGUCCAAGCCCCAGCAGCCGGGCUACCAGUCCAAGCCCCAGCAGCCGGGCUACCAGUCCAAGCCCCAGCAGCCGGGCUACCAGUCCAAGCCCCAGCAGCCGGGCUACCAGUCCAAGCCCCAGCAGCCGGGCUACCAGUCCAAGCCCCAGCAGCCGGGCUACCAGUCCAGGCCCCAGUCCAAGCCCCAGCAGCCGGGCUACCAGUCCAGGCCCCAGUCCAAGCCCCAGCAGCCGGGCUACCAGUCCAGGCCCCAGUCCAAGCCCCAGCAGCCGGGCUACCAGUCCAAGCCCCAGCAGCCGGGCUACCAGUCCAAGCCCAGCAGCCGGGCUACCAGUCCAAGCCCCAGCAGCCGGGCUACCAGUCCAAGCCCCAGCAGCCGGGCUACCAGUCCAGGCCCCAGUCCAAGCCCCAGCAGCCGGGCUACCAGUCCAGGCCCCAGCAGCCGGGCUACCAGUCCAAGCCCCAGCAGCCGGGCUACCAGUCCAGGCCCCAGUCCAAGCCCCAGCAGCCGACUACCAGUCCAAGCCCCAGCAGCCGGGCUACCAGUCCAAGCCCCAGUCCAAGCCCCAGCAGCCGGGCUACCUUCAGCCUGAGCAGCUGAAGUUUCAGCCUCGGAUGCAGAGCUACCCGUACAAGCCCCUGCACCCGAGCUACCUUUCCAAGCCACAGGAGCCUCAGUUC